AUGCUGCUUUAUUUCUUAAAUAGAUAAAUAAAAUACAAAUGUUUUUAUUUAUUUCUGAUUAAAAUUGAACUGAAUGUUAAAGGUCUAUAUGUUCAGUUUUGCCUAUUAUACACCAGAUGGCGCUAUUUCCUACUUUUCCCAAACUCCAUUUUUCCUCCCAAAAUUUGAGGAGUUUGAGAGUUUAGGAAGUGCUUCAGUCUGAGUCAGCUGACUUUUAACUUUUCCACUUCUGACUCAGACACUCCAGCGGAUGGAUGAGGAACAUCUGCUGUAGGAAAACUUCCUUUUAUGUUAAAACGGCUUAUUUUUGGUUGUUUCGAGUUUAAAUGUCGUACAAAUAGUGACUAACUGUCAAGGACUUUGUCAUUUUAAAGAGAUUCCAGUGAGAAGUUUGGUCCUCUGUUGCCAAAUACAGACCAUCUUUCAUCAUGGGUGACUGGAGCGCGCUGGGGAAACUUCUUGACAAGGUCCAGGCGUACUCAACGGCAGGAGGCAAAGUCUGGCUCUCGGUCCUCUUCAUUUUCCGGAUCCUGGUUUUGGGAACCGCCGUGGAGUCCGCGUGGGGAGAUGAGCAGUCGGCGUCCCGGCGCAACACGGAGCAGCCGGGUUGUGUGAAUGUGUGCUACGACAAAUCUUUCCCAAUCUCACACGUGCGCUUCUGGGUGUUACAGAUCAUAUUUGUGUCCAUGCCGACCCUGCUGUAUCUGAGCCACGUUGUGUUCCUCAUGCACAAGGAGGAGAAGCUAAAUAAGAAAGAGGAGAAAUUAAGAGACAUCCAGAGCAAAGGGGGAGACGUGGACACCCUUCUACGGGAUAUCGAAAUGAGGAAGUUCAAGUACGGCCUGGAAGAUCACGGGAAGAUCAAAAUGCGAGGUGGAAUAUUUUACACAUAUAUGGUGAGCAUCGUGUUGAAGUCCAUAUUUGAAGUUGGCUUCCUGUUAAUUCAAUGGCAUCUUUAUGGAUUCAAGCUGUCGGCCAUUUAUACGUGUCAAAGGUUCCCCUGUCCCCAUAAAGUGGAUUGUUUCCUGUCUCGUCCCACAGAGAAGACAGUUUUUAUCGUCUUCAUGCUGGUUGUCUCGCUUGUUUCUUUGGCUCUCAACAUCUUUGAGUUUUUCUAUGUGAUUUUCAAACGGAUGAAGGACCAAAUCAAAGAGUCGGAGAGAAAAUUCGACAGAGCCUGCGAUGUCAAGCCUUGUCCGAGAAACCUGUCCGGUUACGGGUAUUACAAUGACUGUUCUGCAUCUGCACCUGUCCCCAAUCUGGGGUACAAUCUGAAUACGGGUGAUAAGUCGAACUCUUCCGACAACUACGACAAGCAAGCCAACGAACAGAAUUGGACGAAUUACAGCACAGAACAGAACCAGCUGGGUCAAAGGGAUUAUUGCCACACCCAGCGCUUUCCAUACCCUGAGAAAGGGACUUUGGGAAAAGAUCUUCUCUUGCUUAAAGAGCUUGAACCUCGACCUAGUAGUCGAGCGAGUAGUCGGCCCAGACCCGAUGAUCUGGACAUAUAGCAGAGACCUUAAUGAAAGGCCUCAUAAACAAUUUCUUGAAGUUAUGUAGUGAAUGUUUUACAACAUCGGUGAAAAGGACAAAGUUGAAUCUGACAUCCCAAGAAUGCAGUCUCAGCUUUUAUAUAUUUAUUUUUAUAUAUUUUUUAUU